AUGGUUGUUGUGUCUUUGACAUUCUCAGAAUUGACUCUCCCAUGUUCUGCUGAGACAUAUGGGAAAUGGCACGUUCAUGUCGUCAAUGGACUGAGCUCCGGUAGAAUUCUCUUUGUCCAUUGCAAGUCUAAAGAUGAUGAUCUCGGCAUCCAUAAUCUUGCAGCCGGUACCGAAACCAAUUGGAGUUUCAAGGAAAACUUCUUCGGAACAACACUUUUCUGGUGUUACCUGCGCACAGACCGCGAAGAGUACACCAGUUUCGAUGUGUUCUGGGAAGAGCGUGAUCACAAAUGGCUUCAGACGAGGUGCAACUGGAAAGAUUGCAUAUGGACUGCAAGAGACGACGGGGUUUACAUAAAGAACAUUCUUAACAACAGUGAUGAGCUCAUUCAUUAA